AGGAAAGGGGACAACUCUGGAGGCUGUGGAAGGGAACCCCGUCUUUCUACACAAGGACCCCAUCCCACGUGCUGUGGGGAUGAGAUGAGAUGAGACAGAGGAAGAAAGCAGAGGGAGUUGAGUUGUUCUGUGGUAAGUGGAGGAGAGGCAGGAAGAUUGAGGUGGCAAAGAAGAGUGCUUCAUUUGCAAAGUCCCUUGUCGCACGGUUUUACUUUCAAAACAUACCGACGCGGAUAUCCAGGCGCUGUUUAUGGGCAUAGACGGUCUGUGUCAGAAGUACUCCAGAGAGACCUGCCAGAUUUCAGAAUUUCAAGAAAAGCACAGAAAGAGACUCUUGACCUUCUAUAGAGAAAAGAUCACAAAGCUGGAGGAAUCCCUUCGGAAGUCAGUGCUGCGGAUGGAACAGCUUCAGAGUAUGAGAUUGUCACAACAAACAGCUUUCAGCGCAAUAAAAACUCCAGUUUCAACUCCUUCAGCAAAGCCAGGCGGACACCCGCUCCUGCCCCUUGACUCGUCAGCCUCUGACAGAGUGGAGUUCAUGCAGGUUGACCAUACUCCUUCCCCAAUGAGAAAAAGCCCUCUGCCCUUGGAGCCACCCCCAAAAUGCAGCCUGGCGUGGGACAUCUCCCACGGGAGCUGUGGCUUCCUCGUGCUGGUCCAGGUCGGGUCUGUGCCUGCUCUGCUCAGAAUGGGCCUUCAGCCGGGGCCCAGGGAGACGGUCGGAGUUCUGCAUGCGGCUGAAUACAGCAGCGAACAUCCCAAUCCUAGGCAGUAA